AAUUACGAAAAAGAAAAAAGAAGACGAGAAAAUAAAUCCCAGUCGAAACGGCAAACCAAAACCAGAGGAUCUAGGGUCCCUGGCAUCUCUGGAUGUAUAGAUUUGUAUAUCUAUCUAUCACUCUCUUGUUAUCUCCUCUUCAAUCCUGUAAAAUCCCUCCGAUUAGGGUUCUCGAAACAAUGUAUUAAGUUGGGAUUUAGAGGUCGCAACCUAGGGAUUCAAAUUGGAUAGACCGAGCGAGAGAAACCAUUAGGAGUUUUAUUCUGAUCGAACUGAAACAAAUCGGCCAACUGAAAUUCAUACUGGACAUGUUCUGCGAAUCGAAGCUCCAAAAAAACGGUUUUUUUUAGAAUAUUGUUUUUACUCUCAUCUGCCAAAAUGAAAGGAUUGCGCAAAUCGAAAAGGGUUUCUUGGGCACCGGGUGUUAACCUACGUCAGGUAAAGCUAUUCCUACCAGAAGAAUCUCCUUCACAAGUUGGGUUGGAUGCUCAAGAUCACCUUCAAGCAAAGUCAUCGUGGUUGUCACAGUCAACUUCAACUAAUGAUGAUGCUUUGCCUCCUGGCUUUGAAGGAGCCCAUCCUGUAAACCAGUUGCAAGUUAAGUUGUCAGAAGUCUCUGUCAAGAAGUGGAGAUGUCCUUCCAAAUUUGUGCUGAACUCUGAUUGGCAAGUGGUUGCUGGGGAGGAAAGCGAAGAGGUGGAGGUUCAAAAUCAGCGAGAGAUUAAAUUGCUUGAAACAUUUUAUCCAUCUGCAGAUAUUCCUUCAAAUCCUAUUGUUUCAGUUGAAGUAGAGAAUUCACAUUACAAUGACCAGCGAACGCCUUUGAUACCCAUUACUCCCAUUGAAGAUGAAGAUGCAAUGAUGGAGACAUUGUCUGAUUUUACAGUAUCAUCUAAUAUUCCCAUGAGUUCACACUCAGUAAUGGCUCCUGGAUUUUCAUCCUCUCUUCACUGCAGCAUGCCUGGUAUCCCAAAUACUCUUGGCACUGAAAUACCUACAGCAGCGACAGUCCCUAAUGUUGAACCAGACAUAGCAGCUGCUGCAUCUGCUGCCUUUACCGCAAUUACAAAAAGCAACGAGCAUGGGAACUUGAUUGACCAGGAAUUGCUCAUUAAGAUUCUUAGUAAUCCAAAGUUGUUGGAAAAAUUGGCUGCAGAUUAUGGAACAGCUUCCAGUGCACAAAAUGCACCUAAUACAACUUCACCUUUUGUACCUUUGUCAGAAUCACAGUCUCAUGUAACUUUAUCAGAUCCACCUACCAUCAAUAUCCACAGAACAGAGAGCAGUGCACCCCCAGUAGCUGCUACCUCAAGUGGUGCUUUUUACCCUCAAUCAAAUGGGAUUGGAAUGGGAUCCCUCCCUAGUACUCGGGUGCCUCCACAGGCUGUUGUUCCAGGACCAUGUCCACCUCCUGUUGGAAUUCGUCAUGCGAAGGACGUGAACUAUUACAAGAACUUGAUUCAGCAGCAUGGGGGAGACAGGCAAGACCCGUCCCACCAAUUCAGCGGCCGAUACAAUCAUCAGAUGGGAGCAAACCAGGAGAUGGUAAAUAAUCUGAAAUCAAGAGAAUCAAAGCCCAAGAUAAUGAAGCCGUGUAUUUACUUCAACAGUUCAAGGGGAUGUCGGCAUGGAGCCAACUGUGCAUAUCAACAUGAUUCGUCGUCCCAUCAACGGGCUAAUAACAUUUCAGAGGUUCAAAGUGCAAAGAGAAUGAAAUUGGAUAGGGAGAUUAGUAGUUAGGGUCAUUUUAAUGCUAUAAUACAUGCUUCUCGCUGGGAA